CACCCGUCGUGCACCCGGCCUUUUUUUUCCUCCCGACGCCUUCUCCCUCCGACCAACACCUUCCACAGACCCAAAGCCACCCGACCGUUGCCGCCUCAUCACAGCCCGAGGAAAAGAGAAGCCCCUCGUCUCGUCCGUCAACAUCCCUGUAUCCACGCGCGCACGUUCACCGGCGGCCCCCCCUCUCUUUCCGUUCGGACCUCCUAGGCCUGAGCGGCCUCGAUGUCGGCGCGGCGGGCGGCCAAGAGCCAGCACGCGGCGGCGACGCCGAGGAUCAUCAACUUCAACCUGGCGAGGAGGUCGGGUGGCGGGAGGCCCAGCCGGGCCGCGGGCCGCGCGCAGCCCCGCCCGCCGGCACCGCCGGCGGGGCCGGUCAACCUCGGCGCGCUGUUCGAGAUGGAGCGCCGCGCGCGCGGGCUCGAGUCCGCGCCGGCGUCGCCGCCGUGCUCCCGGGCGGUGCUGCGGUCGCAGGAGGACGCCGAGGAACAGGAGGAGAAGUGGCGGUUUCAGGCGGAGAUCCUCCGCGCCGAGUGCAACUUCCUCCGGAUGGAGCGCGAGGUCGCGCUCCGCAAGCUCGACCGCCACCGCGGCCAGAUGGAGGCCGCGCUCAAGUCCGCCGUCGAAACGCUCGUAUCGGGUAGGAAGAAGAUCGAUGGGAAGGGCGACGUCGGCCUGGCGGCGACGCUGGACGAGGGGAUCGAGGACCUCGAGGAGAUGAUGGAGGAGCUGCGCGUGGAGGAGAGCGGGAGGAGGGCGAUGAGCGGUGUCCGUGAGCUGCAGCGGAGCCACGGCAGGAACUUCGAUCGGCAGGCGUCCUCGCUCCGCCGCCGCCUCGAGAAGAUGACGCCGGCCGACCCCGAGCCCUGCAUCAAGGACAUCCGCGAGAUCGCCCUGCCCGUCCCUGCGCCACCGCCACCACCGGCCGAGCGAAGCGACGACGACGAACGCGUCCACGGCGCCAACACCCCCGAUGUGGAAAUGCUGAGGAUGAAGAUGGAGGGGAUGUCAAAGGGCAUGCGCGAGCGGAUGGCGGAGUACAGCCGGCGCCUGGAAGCCGUCGCCUCCGGCGACAACACUGGCUGCGAGUCAGGGAAAUGCGGCAACCGGCACAGCCGAAAGGCGAGCGCGAGCAGCCAGAGAAGCUGGAGCGGCGGCAGCACGGCGAGCAACGGCAACGCGCCGUCGACCCUCGACGCCGGCCCGCACGGCCGCAGCCGCCAGAACGUGGCGGCCGAGAAGCGCCAGCAGCAGCAGACGAUUAUGGCUGGAGAGUGCAAACUGGUGGGCUCGGCAAGUUGCUGCCACUGCAGGGAAAUCGUGUGGAAGGUAAUGGAGCAAGUAAAGGCAGAAUCUGAUCAAUGGACUGAGAUGCAAGAAAUGUUGGAGCAGGUGAGGUUGGAGAUGCAAGAGCUGCAGGCUUCCAGAGAUGCAUGGCAGCAUCGGGCUAUGGCUUCUGACAUCAGUCUACGCUCCUUGAAUUCCCAAGUACUGGAGUGGAAAAACCGGGCACAAGCGUCCGAACAGCGUGUAGAAGAGCUGCAUAGGGAGAUUUUAGAGCUCGAAAGCAAGCUACACACUUUCAAAGCCCACUUACCAGCUCCAGCUGCUAUUCCUAACCAAAAGCAAUGGUCGGAUGCGUGCAAGAUGGAGUACCCGAGAGCAAAGCCUCAGCACCCGCGGUCCCAGGAAUCCGGCAAGGAGGAGAUCAAGAAGCACGUCCUCAUCUGCCGCGUGAAGCGCUCACCCAGCAGCGUGCUCUCGAAGCGGUCGCCGUUCCAGGAGAUAGGCAACAUCAGCUUGCCGCGGCAUUAGUGAGGACCGAGGAGCAUGGGUGGCGAUGUUGCUCUGUGACCUGUGUGUGAGUGAUGGGGAUACUGCAGCGAAACCGCGAAGGGUUCAGCCGUAAGCGGGAGAGAGAGUAGCAUCGUGAUCGAUCAGCAUCUACGUAAUAAAUAAUUUAUGUAUGACCCACUGAUGAGUAACAAGGCCUGACUUCUCGUCAGAUCGGUAGUAAUAAUUAUAAGUAGUCAGUGACUGAGUUGAGAGCCUGAGAUGGAGUUAAUCUGCCCGGAGUACAGUGCCGGUGAAUAGGUCAGAUAUGUAUGUAACGAUAACGCCUCUUUUUGCUAAUAUAUAUGUGCAAUUUUGUU